AUGAAGCCUCUCGUGCAAUUCCUUGUUGUGCUGCUACUCAGCCAUCUUACUGGUGCGCUUCCUUAUGGAGGUCAUGAUACUGGCGAUGGCAGAAUUGCCUCUCGCAAGGAGCCACUGGUAGCCCAGGUGCUUGUUUGGGUAGAUGGGGAAGGGCAUGCUCUUGCCACGAGUGCUGUGGACGAUGCAGUACCAACACCAACUGCCGCCAAUAUACCCACAGACCUUCCGCCUCUUCUGCCAAUCCCUGAUGACAACGCGCCCUUUGAACUAUCGCCCGCUCUUCCAGAUGGCGAGGAUGGCGAGACCAGCAUUCCCCUGCAGGCAGAGAAUAACCGCCAUUAUGGGAUCUCCUACUCUCCGUACAACGAUGAUGGCACUUGCAAGUCUCAGGUUGAGGUUGACAAGGACUUGGACAAGCUGACACAUUAUGGAUUUAUCCGGAUCUACGGCGUCGACUGUGACCAGACCAAGAAGGUAUCUACGGCAGCCCGACGACGCAAUAUGAAAGUCUUUGCUGGUGUGUUCGACUUGCAGAACUUCCCAGACAGCCUGGAUUACAUUACCAGGGCGGCAGACGGAGACUGGACCGUAUUCCACACGAUCACCAUCGGGAACGAGCUGGUCAACAAGGGGCAAAGCUCAGUCGCCGAUGUUACAAAUGCCGUACAAACUGCGCGCCGCAAGCUCCGUGGCGCAGGCUACCGAGGCCCCGUGGUGACCGUCGACACAUUUUCGGUGAUGCUGCAGCAUCCCGAGCUCUGCCUGGCCUCCGACUACUGUGCCGCUAACUGCCACGCCUUCUUCGAUGACAACAACACCCCCGACCAGGCAGGCCAGUACGCCAAGAACCAGGCCAUGAAGAUCUCGAGAGCGGCCGGCGGGAAGAAAACCAUCAUCACCGAGUCCGGCUGGCCCCAUGGCGGACAGCCCAACGGCAAGGCUAUCCCGUCGGCGGAAAACCAACAGCAGGCCAUCGCCAGCUUGAAGCAGGCGUUCCCGGACGACGACGAACUGAUCCUCUUCACUGCCUUCGACGACGGCUGGAAGCAAGACUCCAGCGGCACUUUCGGAGCGGAGAAGUAUUGGGGCAUUGAAAAGCGCUGACAUGUUCGAGCUUCGAAGCCAGCAUUAUUAUUAUCAUUAUUGUUCCACAGUCCCACUAUGCCGAUCUGGCGGGCGGGCGAUCUGGCAUCGUCUUGACAUUCCUGCAAACAUUGAUUGAUAUUUGAUACUCUUUUGGCCGG